CGGAGUACAACCGGACGAUUCGAAGUUCGACGUGCAUAUGACGUCGCCGCGCAGUUCCCCAACUACUACUGAGCGGGAGAAUCAGGAACCGCGUAGAGGCGCGCUGUACCUCGCGAUUUCCACUGACUCUGAUACGACCUAUCACCAUUCUCAAUGCGUUGAAUUCAGCGGCGUUGUACACGUAAAUGAUUUGAAAUUCUUCAAUUAAUUAUCUCAAGUUCUAGAAUUCUCUAAUAUCAGGUACAGUUAAAUUCACAAGUUACCUGGAGAUCGACUAGACGAUUCGAAGUACGACAAGCGAAUGGCGGCGAGCGCUUUGUGAGGGGUCCUUACCACUGAUCUAUGUCGGCGCUAAAGUCGUCAACGCUUGAAUGCAGUUCGGAACGCCGACACGCCGACACACACAGUCAGUUAGAUGUUCCCUACGCAGACCAAAGUUUGACGCAGACCAGACCUCUUAUUACACGAGCAAGUGGAGCACAAGUGACACAGCUGUCCAGAGGGACCACAGUAAGUCAAAAGCAACAAGUGUCAACCGCAUCAACAAUCAACUCAUGCCAAAGACACGAUGAUUGCUCAUAUACUUGUAGCUCUGUUCGAUCACAGUUAAUUGUUAUGGAUAUUAGCCAAUUGGCCAAGGAGCUCCUACCUGGUGAUACUCUGUUGAAGGACAUAGAGAGUAACAGCCCACCAGAGAUUGGCAUACACUUGAUGUCGAUCUGUAAAAAAUUAUGGACUUCUAUAAAUUCUAAUGGGCUCCUCCUGACAGAUCAAUGGAUACAAAAUGCCCUUGUAAAACUGGAUGCUUGUUUGGAUAGAACCUGGGAGUCAUUGAAUUCUGGAUAUUGGAAAGAAGUAUCAGUCAAGUAUAGAUAUUGCUAUUCAUUUUGCACCAUUUUGAAGUCUGCAUUGCUGUUGAUACGAUUCGACAAUUUUUCCAUAUGUGACAAGUUGAAGCAUAUUGAAUUAGACGUACUAAAAGAAGUCAUACUACAAAUAGACAAAGGCAUACUGUUGGGUGCACCACCUUCAUCAAUCCCGGGAUUACUUCCAAAUGUUGCGCGCAAACUGAACUCACUCAUCUUGCGUGUCGGAGGAAGGGAAUGCUGGAAUAUUCAGGAUCAAUUGCUAUUUAGUGAAGAUGCUUCUAAAAGAGAGCUACUUCCAGGUUUCACGCCGGUGCCUCGUUGCCACCAACCAUCUAUGGAGAAAUUUUACACAAAUAUUUUUCAACCAAAAAUACCUACUAUACUAGAGGGUUGUAUGGAUCAUUGGAGAGCUUUGAAUUUGUGGAUCGAUCCUGAAUAUUUAUUGCAAACUGCUGGAGUGAGAACAGUACCGAUUGAAAUUGGAUCUCGCUAUACUGAGGAAAACUGGACACAGCGUCUUGUUACUUUAUCGGAGUUUCUCAAGUCUUAUCUGUCAUCAGAUAAAUCCUCAACACCAGGGUAUCUAGCACAAUAUGAACUAUUUGAACAAAUACCAGAGCUAAUGAACGACAUCUCAAUACCAGAUUACUGUAGUUUCUCAGAUACUCAAGAAGAAGCAUUGCCUCCUAAUAUAAAUGCAUGGUUAGGGCCAGGUGGUACAAUAUCACCUCUACACUUUGAUCCGAAGAACAAUCUUCUUUGUCAGGUGUUUGGGACUAAACAGAUUGUUCUGUUCCAUCCUGAUGAAACGCCAAAGUUAUACCCUUAUGAGACGAGACUGUUAUCUAAUACAGCUCGUGUGGAUCCAUUCAAUCCAGACUUUGAUGUGUGGCCAAGGUUUAAGCAAGCCAAAGGAGCGACAUGUGUCUUAGGGCCUGGGGAGAUGUUAUUCAUUCCUCCUGGAUGGUGGCACCACGUUGUUGCUCUGUCGCCAAGUUUUUCCGUCAGUUUUUGGUGGGAUUGAAAACGAAAAAUCAUCGAAUAUAACAUGAAAUGUAUUUAUUACAAAAAAAUAUGCUUGGAAUGCUUACAGAA